AAAGAUGAACCUAUCACAGGGUUUUCUGGGGCUGUGAAUAUACAAUUUGCCCAAGGUCAUUUCAGUGGCCAAGCAAGGAAAAAACCCUUUGUCUCGAGUUGUACCUCAAAUCUCUGUGCGACAUGGCCUUUUACCAGUAAUAACACAAAAUUUAGAAAUGAAUUGCACAAAAAGGGGACAGAAAAAUGGGCUGUAACUGAAAGUUGUUUUGUGCAUGUGAGUUUCAACUACACAUUCUCUCCUUGCAUUGCAGAUUUUUUGUGCCUUGGUUUGUGGUAUUGAUGAGCUGACACGUGGUGAAUUUUCAAAAGCCACAAUAACCACACACACACAAAAAAGUAAGUCAUCUCAGGCUGAGAUACAGGAACAAACAUAACGUUCUGUGUGAUAGUCUUAUCUUCAUGAAUUACACAGUUUUAGACACUGCUUUAGAAGAUACCUCAUACAUACGGUCAGAGCUUGGAGAACAUAGCUGCACUUACCUUUCAUAACUAGGACAGACUGAAUGAAGCCUGUUUAGUCCGCUGAAUUUGCAAUAUUCUUUCCUGGUCAAAGAAAGAAAGUGAGAAGAUUAUAAUGACUGGAGAAGAAACUACAAUUUUGGAUUAUUCCUAUAUGGAUAUUUUAACACCAUGUGACAAGAAUGAAGUCAGAAACUUCACAAAAACAUUACUUCCUGUUGCCUACUCACUGAUAUGCAUGUUUGGCCUUGUGGGUAAUAUAUUUGUAGUGAUGACAUUUGCUUUAUACAAGAAGACUGAAUCUAUGACUGACUUAUAUCUAUGCAAUAUGGCAAUUGUAGACAUACUGUUUGUUCUUACUCUUCCUUUCUGGGCAGUAAACUAUGCUCUAAACAGGUGGAUCUUUGGUGAUUUCAUGUGCAAGCUCAUCAAAGGUAUCUAUGCACUUAACUUUGUUUGCGGCAUGUUGCUCUUGGCUUGUAUAAGCAUGGACCGAUACAUUUCCAUUGUGCAAGCGACCAGAUCAUUUAAGUUCCGAUCAAGGACUCUAGCCUACAGGAAAGUGAUCUGUUUGACUGUGUGGGUAGCAUCCAUUUUAAUCUCCUGUCCUACUUUCAUAUUUAGUGGAAGCUACCAAUCAACCAAUGUGUCAAAUGACAUUUGCGAACAUAAAUCCAGCACAGAAUUUGAUGUUACAUUGAAAUUGUUGAUAAUCAACAUCCAGCUUUUCUUUGGGUUUUUCAUCCCCAUGCUAUUUAUGGUUUUUUGUUAUACCUUCAUUGUCAAAAAGCUAGUGCAGGCUCACAAUUCAAAAAGAAGCAAAGCCAUUCGUGUAGUAGUCUCAAUUGUGAUCGUUUUCCUAAUAUGCCAAGUUCCCUAUAACAUGGUUCUCCUUGUGACCGCUGCAACGAUGAAGACAUUGGAUAAAACCUGCCAGAGUGAAAAGCAAAUGGCCUAUGCAAAAUACAUAACAGAAACUUUUGCCUUUCUCCAUUGUUGUAUGAACCCUGUGCUAUAUGCAUUUAUUGGGGUUAAAUUUAGAAAUUACUUUGUGAAAGUAAUGGCUGGCCUGUGCUGUGUGAGAUACAAGAAUUGUAGAAACACUCAUGGUUCAAGGCCAAGUUCAGAUACUGCCCAUUCAAGGCAGACCAGUGAAGUUUAUGAUUAGCCAAGAGAAGCUGCUGUAUGUAUACUAUCAUUGCUAUCUAUAUUCUAAAUAGAGAGGCUGAUCUUCUGUUUUUCAUUCACAUUAUAUGCUGCUUAGAGAAAUUUCUACCACAAAUUCUUCUGCUUCACAAUAGUCCUAUAUUUCCAGAUAUCUGCAAGGUUUAAGACAAAACAUCAUUCACACCACUCGAGGGAGCAUUUCUUCUAAAUAAAUGUAUUCUCUCUCUGGACUAAGCUGCUACUGCUCUGGAAAGAGGAACCAAUUCAAUUAAGACAAUAAAGUGUCUUGUUCCAGCUCUUGCUGUGGAUACUAAAAUUUGUGGAUACUUGUCCCAUUCUAUACAAUGGAGUAUUAAAAUGUCAUUCAUUAUAUCAAAUGGCAAAAUCAAGGCUUGCUUUUGAGAUUUUUUUGGGCAUAUCUCAGCCAUGGAUGGAUAAUCCACAGAUACAGAAUCUGUGGAUAUGCCGAGCUGUAAUCUUUACAAAAUGCUGCUGAAGAAAGCCUGGGGAUCUGUGAAAUAGCAGGAGAUGACAACAGGGUAUGCCUCUACAUAAGCAUACUAUUUGGUGCAUAGCAAAAUCAAGAACUACUUUUUUGGAAUUUUUAAAAAUACUAUUGAGUUGUGAUUGGUUGAAUACAAGGACACAGAACCCAUUGAUUUGAAAGGCUGACUGAGAAGAGAAGUACAGGGAGCCUUUCAAAUCCCCAUAUAGCCUUCCACCCCUCUUCACAUUGCCUCACUCAGCUGUCACUUCUCACUGGCCUUAAAAGAUGUGCAGGCAUACAUUAGUUAACAAAGAAGUUCCUUUUUAUAAAACUUUUUGAAAAUACCUGCCCAACUCUGUUUUCAUCCUCAUUCUCUGUCUAGCGAUAGUUUUAUUUAGCUGAUUGAGACCUAGAUAUUUUACAAGGUAAGUCUGCCCACCAAUUGGAUAUCAUGCAAAAAAUACUAAACAGAAAAAAUAAUUCUUGGAUGCCUUUUGAAGUAAGUCUUUAAAUGGUCUCUAAAAGGUUCAAAAUAUCUUUGUUUAUUUAUGCAAGGCUUACAUGACCUGGGUGUUUCGUUUAACAUAUGCAUGCUGUUUGUUUUGAAUGAAAACAUUAGUGAAACAUGUUAAACUGCUGUGUUGAAGAUUUUAUGUCAGCUUCCUCUCCCUCUCUUCUCUUUACUUCCUUCCUGCACCUCUUUCCAAAAAGGGUUUUUCCUUUCUCUAUGCAACCUUUGUAAUACAGGUCUUCUUAUCUUCCAUUACCAAUUUUCCCUUUCCCCAACCUUCUGUUUCUAUACUAAGCCUCUUUCAAGGGUGGCUUUUUCUGCUCUAACAUAUUGGGCUCGAUGCAGUCAUCACACAGUUGGUGGGAAAUAUAGUUAUCUAGCUGAACUGACUCUUAUCUAGCAUCUAUAUAUGCAUUUUGUUAUAUUGACAUACAACCAUGAAUUGUUUGUAUAUUUCUUUUGAAUUUUAUUUUAUUGUUAUAAUAAAGAUUGCUUAUAUUAGUUCACUUUAA